UAUAUAUCAGUAUAUAGUUAUAAUAUAUAUCAGUAUAGGAUAAUAAUUAACUAAAGUUCAUAUGGAGACACAACGCAGGAGCUUAUACGUUCACUGCCAGUUUAUGGACUAGAAUAGUCCUCACCCCCAGUUACUUAAUAAUAAAUAAUGGACUUGAUUGAUUCUAAUACAUUAAUAUCAAAAAUUAAAAUAACUUCACAAUUUCUAUAUGUAAAGACACAAUGGACGGAAAAUAAUGAAACAGACCUAUUUCACAUGAAAAUUUUUGAUGAAAGGAAAAAUAGUUGGUCUGGAACAUUCUCUAAAGCGUCAGCAGAAAUUUGUCGGAAUGAUAUAGAUGUCGAUAAAGUAGAAUACGAAAGAAAUCUUAGGCAAGCUCUCGAGGGAUUCGAUAAGUCCUACAGCUAUGACUUUAUAAUUAAACCUAAUGAGAAUAUAGCAACUUUUCGUUGGAAAAAAAGAUUUGAAGAUGCUGUUAGGAUUGAUGGCUCUUUACCAAUGUACCGUGAUGAAGUGACAGAAACUAAGGACUCAUUGUUAGAUUGUCUUGUUGAAAAAAUUAGAAACAUGAAAUUUUUAAUUAUGGAACAAAACAAAAAUAUAGAGAACAUCACUAAGGACUUGGAUAAAUGUAAACAGGAACUUAAUGAUUUUGUCAAUUUGAAAUCAUCCUUAGAAGAAACUUUGUAUGGAAAGUUUGUGGAAUUGUUGAAUGAAAAGAAGAAAAGGAUUCAAUUAUUAGAAGAAAAUAUUCAAUAGUUCUUCAGAAAAUGUGAAUGUAGCAGCUAAAUUAAUUCUAAGUAUUUAUUUAAAUGGAUGAUAAUGGAAUGAUGCACCCCAGUGUGCUAACGGUACAUACUGGCUGGGCACUGAGCCCAUUGUAACAUUUACAUCAAGAAUUUCACCACUAUAGUUACCAGAUGGAACAAUGUGAAGCUUGACCUGACUUCAAUUUUAGUAAUAUACAAUAUUACUAAAAUUGAGCCAAUGAUCCUUAUUACUAACAAACACUCCCCCCCUAUUCUAAGCACUAAAACAAAUAGUUAUAUAAACUUUAAACACUCCUCAAAAGUUAUUCAAUAAUUACAGUACUAUUAGUCACAAUUAAUAUGUUCUGAAGUGUAAUAAAAAACCAUAAGUAAAUAAGAAAAUGUUUGUACUUAUAUAUUUUAUAUGAUUAUGAAAUCAUUCAAUUAUUACUACACAUAUUAUCUUCUACAAUUGUAAAAUGAGAAAUUUAGUCAUUAGAUAUUAAACAAUAUACUGUAUUAUAGUGUGUUCAUAUUCAAGAAAUUUUCUUUUCUUUUUCUCUUCUUCUUUUCACUACUUCCCCUUUUUUUAUGAUUGAUUAAUGAUUGUAUGAAUGUGAACUCGAGCCAAUUAAACAUUGUUGUGAAUUCAGUAGGGGUUAACCACCAUGGUUUUCAGGGAGAUCCAUAAGGAUAUCGAUGGGAUAUUAUUGCAAUUGGAGUACUAACAAUCCAUUCACCCUGCUGCAUCUGCCUAGUACCAUAAUAUAACCCAAUAGU